UUUCUCUGAGGCUAAGUGCCCUUUAAGGCGUUGGAAGCGCGGCGCCUGCCAUGGCUUUCUCCGCCUUGCGCGCCCUCCGCCCCUUGCGGCUGCAGGGCUUGGUUUCCACGGCGCGGGGAGUGGUGAGUGUGCCUGGCUUGGAUGUGUCUGCGCUGCAGACCAUGGAGGAGUGAGGGGCCUGAGGACUGUGUGGGCAACACGCCCUUGGUGCGACUUCAGCGAAUGGCGCACGCGAGCUGGGGGUCUGUGGUGCUUUGCAAGCUUGAGGGGGACAACCCGGCGGGCAGCGUCAAGGACCGGCCAGCCCUGUCCAUGAUCCGGCGGGCCGAAGAGGCCGGCCGGAUCCGGCCCGGCGACACCUUGAUCGAGGCCACUUCGGGGAACACGGGCAUCGCGCUGGCUGCGAUCAGCGCGAUCAAGGGCUACAAGCUGAAGCUGAUCAUGCCCGAGAACAUGAGCCUCGAAAGGCGGGCCUCGAUGGCGGUCUACGGGGCGGAGCUGAUUUUGGUGUCCCAGGGCGCCAUGGAGGAAGCCAGGGACCUUGCGCAGGCCAUGCAAGCCCGGGGCGAGGGCAUUGUGCUGGACCAGUUUGCCAACCCGGACAAUCCGCAGGCACACUACGAGACCACCGGCCCGGAGCUCUUGAGGCAGACGCAGGGGAGGAUCACCCACUUCGUGAGCUCCAUGGGCACCACGGGCACCGCCAUGGGCACCUCCAGGUACUUCAAGGAGGCCAAGCCCGAGGUGCAGAUCAUCGGCCUCCAGCCAGCAGCAGGGGCCCAGAUCCCGGGCAUCCGGCGGUGGCCCAAGGAGUACCUCCCAAGCAUCUUCGAGGAGUCACGGCUGGACCGGGUCAUUGACAUCUCCCAGGAGGAGGCGGAUGAGACUGCGCGGCAGCUGGCCAUGCAGGAGGGCAUCUUCGCAGGCAUGAGCAGCGGCGGCGCGGUGAGCGCGGCGCUGAAGAUCGCGCAGGAAGCGCCCGGCCGCGUGGUGGUGUGCAUCGUUUGCGACCGAGGAGAUCGGUAUCUGAGCACCGGGGUCUUCGACCCUGUGCCGCCGCUGCACCACAGCUGCAGCGCCGCUUCCCUGGACGCGACCUUGGCGCAUGUGCGGAGGACCGCUUCGCGCACGUCGCCGGCCACGCGGCUCUUCGUUCUCUUCACGGCGCCCUGGUGCCCCGACUGCCAGACGGCCCUCCCCGUGGUAGACGGGGCCUUCGGAGACUCCGCCGGCGCCGCGCUGCUGCGGUGCGUGGUGAGCAAGACGCGGGAGGAGUGGAAGGAUCCCGGCCACACCUUGCGCCACGACCGGCGCUGGUCUUCCUCUUUAGCGGACGGAGGCCUCAAGGCGGUGCCGACCUUGGCGUUUCUGGGUACCGUGGAGAGGCCAUUGGAGCAGCCGGUGGUGGACGCGCCCAUGGAGGCCAUGGAGGCCUCGCAGAUCCGAGGCCAAGUGAGGGCAUUUGUGGCGAAGCAUGCCGGGUAGUCCGAGAAAAAUUGCCAUCGAUGGCUAGAACCUCUCUUGGAGCUGGGCCGAAAGAGUGCAAGAAUCCCAUGAUUUUCCAUGUCGUGCUGCAUCUAGCAGUCGCAUCUUCACCAUGGACUCCCUUGCUGAACUCAAAUGCCAGUCACAGGUGGUGUGCCU